UUUGCAAAAUACCUAAUUAAUAAUAUAAUUUCUAUCAAUUUAAUAAAAGAUUUAUACUUUAUGUCAUGUUAGGACGAAGUUGUAUUCGAUUAGAUUUCAAAUCAGUUAUAUUUUUGAUAAUGUCAAUUGUUUUGUCACAUAUUAGAAUCAUACAAACAUCAGUUAAUUCGAACAAUCCGGAAGUAAUUCCAACCAAGUUGGAAAAAACUAGCACGGAUAACGAUCGAAGCGCUCUUACGAUAAAUUCCGGUAGUAAAAUACCUUCUGACACCAGUCAUUGCCCAAAUGGUACUCUGUGCAGCGAUCUCCCAAAUUCUUGCCUGCAGUGCAACUACAACGCACAAUGUGUUUACGGAGCAGAAAUGAAUGUCACUUGCCUACCGAAGAGCUCAGUAACGUGUCACAGUGAUGCGGCUGGUCACGAGAUUAAGCGAAAAACCAUCUGCCGGUACUGUUACCAAACCGAGCGGUGGGAGCAGGUUUGUGAACAAAAGGGAGGCUGUAAUUCGAUUGACUCGCAGUUCAAAACAAACUGUACCGUAAACGGGGAGAUUCUCUGCAUGGGUCACCGGACGUUUAUGAGGAAAGUUCCAUGUAACUGGACUCAGGGCUACCGCUGGUCAACAACGUUGAUCCUUAGCAUAACCCUUGGAGGGUUUGGAGUAGACCGGUUCUUUCUUGGACACUGGCAGGAAGGAAUCGGCAAAUUGUUCAGUUUUGGAGGACUUGGAGUUUGGACACUGAUUGAUGUGUUGUUGAUUUCGCUGCACUAUCUGGGACCGGCGGAUGGAUCCCUGUAUAUUUAGUGUGAACUUGCUGGGAUACAUAUACUCACGAAAUUGUACUGUACGAUGUGAUAGUUAGAAUAAAUACAAAAACAAGUUUACCAGUAUUGCGUUCUUCUAA